AUGCCAGUUAGGCUUCAGUCGGAGUAUCAAACUUUGAAUGCUCGUGUCGAUCAGUUGUCACGACUGACUCAGAGCAUUAACAAUGAGUUGACCAUUGCUGGCGCUAAGCUCGGCCAACAAGAGACCUUGGUACAGCUAGCCAGUUUUGAGCGGCGUUGGCAGCAAGCUGAACAGGUUAACGCAGCCCUGCGUGACUGGCUAGCGGCCCGCAGAGCCGAGAUGGACACUGAUGGACGGUUGGCGAAUAAAGCGUUGCGAUUAGCGGAGCAGUGCAAUGUCGAGAUAAAAGCAGGUCUUUCGGGAAAGAAUGUUUUGUAG